AUGGCAAAUGAAAUUUCUCGAGUGGAAAGAGAUCUUCCACCGGCGCACUACACACUAAAAACAGAGUCAUUUUCUCUUCUGGUGAAAUCAGAGAAAGAAAAAUAUGAAUCUGAUACUUUUGAAGCCGGGAGCUACAAAUGGAGACUGGUUCUCUAUCCAGAUGGAAACAAGAAAAGGAAUGGAAACUGCCAUAUUUCUCUCUACUUGGAAAUAGAUGGCGUCGAAUCUUUUUCUGAUAAUUGGGAGGUUUUCGUAAACUUUAAAUUGUUUGUAUUCGAUCAGAUACAUAACAAAUACUUGACCAUUCAAGAUGUUGAUGGAAAAGUAAGACGCUUCCACAAGAUGAAGACUAAAUGGGGUUUCGACCAACUGGUUUCUUUUGAAGAUUUCUAUAAUUCAUCAAAGGGAUACCUUGUUAAUGGUUGCUGUGCUUUUGGAGCUGAAGUUUUUGUUAUAAAACCAACUCACAAAGGAGAAACUCUUUCCAUGGUCAAGCUCAAGCCACCUACUGAUAAAGCAAUUCUGACUUCGAAGAUUGAAAAUUUCUCAAAAUCAGAUAAAAAGGUCCACUAUUCUAAUAAGUAUGCUGUUGGCGAUAGAAAAUGGAAAAUAAAGAUUUACCGCAAGGGAUACGAUUCUGCAGAAGGCGAUUAUUUAUCUGUUACUUAG